AUGGUGUCUGCUCUCUGGUCCGCCAGCGCCGAAGGGAACCUCGACUCCGUCCUUGACCUCCUCAAAACUGCUAAUCCUGCCGAUAUAGAGAUCAAAGAUCAGAAUGGCAGCACCUGUCUUGUGGAGGCCGUGAGGAACGGUCACGUCCAAGUCGUUAGAGCACUCCUGGACAGAGGUGCCGACCCCAACGUUGCCUCGGCUCAUGGACCCCUUCAUCAACUCACCAUGGAUUCUACCAUCCACGAGUUGCUCACGAAUGCUCAGCACAAAAUCGCGUCUCUCAACGGUCACGUCCCCGCUUAUCCUCACGACGUCAACCCAGACCCGUCCAAGCAGUAUUAUCCUGGUCCACUCCAGUAUGGCUACUACCCUGGCAUGCCUCCUGUUCCAGGCAUGCCCGAUGGCGCGUCUUACUAUCCUCCAUUUCCUCCCACCGACCAAAACGCGGUUGGCAACUUGCCUCCUCCGGAUAUUGCUCGGAUGAUUCCGUGCAGGUACUACCCUGCCUGUAGAUAUGGUUCCUCUUGGCCCCCUCCGCCACCUCACGCUCCGUAUCCCGCACAUUAUGACCCCAUGAACCAACCGCCCUAUGCUCCUAAUUAUUACCCUGUUCCACCGCCCUCUUUCCCUCCUCACUCUGUGCCACCACACAUGAACCCUGUAUCCCCUACUUCACCCCACGUACCAACACCACAACAUCCACACAUGGGUCACGCACGCUCAGGCUCGGACGCUCUCUCGCCAGCUCCGUUCAGUCCUUCAGGUGGGCCACCGCCAGGCCCAUACGGACCCAUGCCGCCCACGUCUCCCUCGUAUCACGCCCCUCACCCCCUUCAAAUGCCACCCCUUCCUCCCCCCGGCCCCCAGUCAGCUGGCCUCGGUCCCCAAUCUCCUCAGGCGAUGUAUACCAACGGUCCUACCACUGCACCCCCUUACCCCAUACGUCAGGACCAUGUCUCACCCUACCCGCCCCCGCCCGGCGGCGCAGCUUACCCGGACCCGACCUUGAAGUCAACAUCUCAACACCCACAGGAUGGUUUUGUUCACGCUCACGGUUUCCGUUCGGGCCCGAACCAUCGUCGAGGUGGUCAUCCUCGCCGGGGUUCUUUCGGUGGUCGCAAGCCUCCUUGUCUCUUCUACCCGUCUGGCAGGUGCAGGAAUGGUGAUGACUGUCGGUUCCCUCAUGUUAUUCAGGAGAACCCCAUGAACAGGCCGCCGCCUCCUGUUUCGCAAGGUCCUCGCCCUCGUGACGUGGUUCCGAAUGGCAUGAAUACGAUUGAGGAGAAGUUCUCUGAAAUGGCCGUUCAACCGCAAGAGAAUCGUCCACCGCGCCAGAACGGAACCGCUGCGUCCAGCCGAUCCCAAUCGACUGACGCCGGUAACAGGAGGGGACCCAAGCCGGCUGCACGCGUGGACAAAAGGCAGUCGCUGAGGCAAAGGGUUCCCAGCGCAGACGAGUUCCCUGUUCUUGGGGGCACGAUCACGCCGCCCUCCAGGAGCUCUGUCAACGGUAGCGCGCCGGUGGUGAACGGUCACAAUGGUCCCACUGCGGCGCAGAUUCUGCAAAAUGCCACUGCUUUCCGCGGCAAGGACAGUACUGCCAGCACGCGUGAGCCGUCGACUCGCGCCACGACUCCUCCGAGUGAAAUCGCCGAAACGAAACCUGCCGAGCCCAACGGUGUUCACGUUGAGUCCAACGGUCUCCCGGCCGCUGUUCAUGCUCUCCCUACUAGCAAGCUCCCUCUCUCCUUUGCCGCGGCCGCCAAUGCUGGCACGGAAAUCUCAAAAGAAGUCUCUGUCGCCGUCUAA